ACCGUGCCACCGCAAGGAAGGAGCCGGCGGUAGCUUGGUUCCUGAGCGGAUGCUGGGGCUGUAAGGCGCGCGCAGUCAGCUGUUGGCGGUGCAGGGAGGAGGACGCCGGGGCUCGCCUUCCCUCCUCUGCCGCCGCCGCCGCCAUGAUUCCGGUGUCGCUGGUGGUGGUGGUGGUGGGUGGCUGGACUGUCGUCUACCUGACCGACUUGGUGCUGAAGUCAUCUGUCUAUUUUAAACAUUCUUAUGAAGACUGGCUGGAAAACAACGGAUUGAGCAUCUCCCCUUUCCACAUAAGAUGGCAAACUGCUGUUUUCAAUCGUGCCUUUUACAGUUGGGGACGGCGGAAAGCAAGGAUGCUUUACCAAUGGUUCAAUUUUGGAAUGGUGUUUGGCGUAAUUGCCAUGUUUAGCUCAUUUUUUCUCCUUGGAAAAACGCUGAUGCAGACUUUGGCACAAAUGAUGGCUGACUCUCCCUCUUCUUAUUCUUCCUCCUCUUCUUCCUCUUCCUCUUCUUCUUCCUCUUCCUCUUCUUCAUCUUCUUCCUCUUCCUCCUCCUCGCUUCACAAUGAACAGGUGUUACAAGUUGUGGUUCCUGGUAUAAAUUUACCUGUCAAUCAACUGACCUAUUUCUUCGCGGCAGUUCUCAUUAGUGGUGUUGUACAUGAAAUUGGACAUGGGAUAGCAGCUAUUAGGGAACAAGUUCGAUUUAAUGGUUUUGGGAUUUUUCUCUUCAUUAUUUAUCCUGGAGCAUUUGUUGAUCUGUUCACCACUCAUUUGCAACUUAUAUCGCCAGUCCAGCAGCUAAGGAUAUUUUGUGCAGGUAUCUGGCAUAAUUUUGUUCUUGCACUCUUGGGUAUUUUAGCUCUUGUUCUCCUCCCAGUAAUUCUCUUGCCAUUUUACUACACUGGAGUCGGGGUGCUCAUCACUGAAGUUGCUGAGGACUCUCCUGCCAUUGGACCCAGAGGCCUUUUUGUGGGAGACCUUGUCACCCAUCUACAGGAUUGUCCUGUUACUAAUGUGCAAGAUUGGAAUGAAUGUUUAGAUACCAUCGCCUAUGAGCCCCAAAUUGGUUACUGUAUAAGUGCAUCAACUUUACAGCAGUUAAGUUUCCCAGUUAGAGCAUACAAACGGCUAGAUGGUUCAACUGAAUGCUGUAACAAUCACAGCCUCACAGAUGUGUGCUUUUCCUACAGAAAUAAUUUUAAUAAGCGUUUGCAUACAUGUCUUCCUGCCCGGAAAGCAGUUGAAGCGACCCAAGUUUGCAGAACCAAUAAAGACUGUAAAAAAAGCUCAAGUUCAAGUUUCUGUAUAAUACCUUCUUUGGAAACUCACACUCGCUUAAUAAAAGUAAAACACCCACCUCAAAUUGAUAUGUUAUACGUAGGACAUCCUCUGCAUCUUCACUACACAGACGGAGUUUCACUCUUGUUGCCCAGCCUGGAGUGCAAUGACACAAUCUCGGCUCACGGCAGCCUCUGCCUCCCGGGUUCAAGCAAUUCUCCUGCCUCAGCCUCCAGAGUAGCUGGGAUUACAGUGAGCAUCACCAGUUUUAUCCCACGUUUUAACUUUCUAAGCAUAGAUCUGCCAGUGGUUGUGGAGACAUUUGUCAAGUACCUGAUUUCCCUCUCAGGGGCUCUGGCUAUUGUUAAUGCAGUACCCUGCUUUGCUUUGGAUGGACAAUGGAUUCUAAACUCUUUCCUGGAUGCCACCCUUACCUCAGUGAUUGGAGACAAUGAUGUCAAAGAUCUAAUAGGGUUUUUCAUCUUGCUGGGUGGCAGUGUACUUUUGGCUGCCAAUGUGACCCUGGGACUCUGGAUGGUUACAGCACGGUAAUGUUUGCACUCAUCUGACAGAAUCCCUGAGUUACAGUAUACAGCUAUGUGGUAAUAUCCAUUGCCAUUGAAAUUCUUACUUGGUAUGAAAUAUAAAGUGUUUCCUUAAAAUUACAUCUUAGCCAACAACCCUAAGCUCCUCCCAUAUCCAGAGUACCCAAACUCUGUGGUAGAAGAUAAGCAGAAGAAAUGAAAGGCAUAGUCCCUGACUAUAUUCUAAUUUAGGACUGAAUGUACCCAGAUGCUUGUGGAAUAAUAUCUCAGCAAGUGCAAAUUCAUGUAAUACUGUUUCGUGUGAUUACAUAUUGUGUUGAAAUAGUAUAAAGGAGAGCAGAACUGGGUGAAAUUAAUUGGGAAAAACUUCUUACAAAAGCAUCAUUAAUGAAAAUUUGAAGGAGACCAGACUUUGGCCAAGUGGAAGGAUGACCAUUGUCUUGGCCGGUAUCUCUUGUCCUUUGUCUUGUUUGAAAAGUAUUUUAAAAUUUAAUGGUGUAUUAUUUUGUGCUCUGAAAGCUGAGGUCUGAUUACAAUUAGUAAAAUUCUAUAGAAGAAUCUGCUGACGUGAAAGGGAAAAAUCUUUGUCAAAUGAUACCAAAUAAAUGAACAAAACAGGAAGUAGGGGCUAUGAUAUCAUGAGACAUGUUUUGCCCCACAAGAAUUGCAUCUUUGAUAAGGUGUCUCUGCCCCCUCAUAAAGCAGCACUAGCGUUGACAUCCACAGUGAGCUGCAGGAAGCAUCACACACCAGCAGCAUGUGAGCUGAGGGAGGCAGUUGGGGUUGAACCUCGGAACUAGGCCGGGUCUCCUGACAGAUCAGAAGACACCCUAGAGGAUCUUCAGCAGUCCUGCUUCCCAUUCUCUAUACAGCUUUGAAGCUUGGAACCCAUCCAGGGUAAACAUUUUCUCUUGUGCUGCUGAGGCCAUCUGGGGCCUAGCUCCUGGGUUCCUGUCUCCAAGAAGCAAUGACCUUAAACUCUGAGCCAUACUCUGUCCUCACCAGCGGCUCCCAUGUUUUUCUGUGUCAGGUUAUUAAGUACCUAGUCCUUGUUUUCCGUCUCUCUCCUAAGCUACCUCUCUGGGUCCACAGAAGACUUGGUAGUAUAGUGAGAAUGGCUAUACGUGAGUACAAAUGUGGAUUUUCCAGAGUUUGGGAACUGACUCUUGAGCCCAGAAGAGCCACACCUGCUUCGAGGUCUUUUGGAGUGGAGAUGCAGCCCUGGGAAAUUUGGGAAGUCAGCAGGCCAGUGUGAAGCUGUUGGUCCUAGAAGUAUAUGAGCUUGCUGUUUCUUUGAUGGAAAAUACAUGCUUCUCUCGUAUACUCAGAAGUGAUUAAGGGCAAUAACUCAUUAAUAGCCAUCUAUCCAACUUCUUUACUGAGUGAUGUAUUCCAUGGAGUUACCUUUUUCAGAUUAUUGAGUUGCUCUGUAAGCACUAAAACUUUUUAAUCAUUUUUAAGAAACUUUUUAGAUUGUAUUACAAAUUUGCCUUAACAGAAAUUAGAUGUUGAAUAUAAUUUUAACAUUUUAUUAAUGACUUGGGUCAUCAGUUAAUACCAGUACUAAAACCAUACGAAUUAUUGGUUUAUUCCAGAAAAUACAGCAUUUGUUCUAUUUUUAGGUAGACAGUCAUUUGGGAUCAGAGUACAUUAGCAUAGUAAUGCUCAGACUUGUUCAAAUAGUAGAGCUUGGAGAAUGCCAUGAAAUACUUAUAUAAUUAAUUUGAUUGCAUGAACUAAGCAAUUUACUAAUGAAAAGGUUGUAUAUGUGCAAGUCAGUUUUUUAAAAACCGAGAACAAAUUUUAAUAGAGGAAAUCUUACUCAUUAAUUUAUUUUUCUGAGUAAAAAAACGAAACCCAAAUCUCAUUUUAUUUCAGCUGUUAAACAUUUUGAUCUGUUGACCCAUAGGAUCAGGGUUUGGGAACCACUUUACUAGGAAAGAGCAGAUCAGUACCAAUUGUAUAAAACUGGCCUCAUUAUGUAAGAAAGAAAAUGUUACGUGUUUUCUUCUUUAGCUUGGUUGUGGGCACUUCUACAGCAAGGACCAUAUCAUAUUCAUCUUUGCAUCCCUGGCACAGUGCAUGAGACAUAAGUACUUAAUAAAUGCAGUUGAAUGGAUAAUGAUUAGUGUUAUUUAUGGAUUAGAAAAAGCAUGUUUCUAUUUAAGUAAGCUGUAAAAAGUAUUAUUGAAUAUUUACUGUAAAUAUAUGUUCACAUAAAAAAAUAACUUGGAAGGUCUUUGUGUCCCUGGCAUAUUAUCAUCUUCAUGGAAAGAAUCCACUAUGGUUUCUGUAGAGUGAUUGGAAAAAUGGAUUAUUUUGAGGAUUGAAGAAAGUGUUCUUUCUGUGUUGUCACUUUGUUCAACAGUAAAACUUUAUUCUCAGUGUUCCUACUCUGCAUUGUUUACAUUUUUGAGAGUUUUUUUAAUCACCUACAAUCUGUAAAGAAUGUAUAUAUUCUUUUCAGCAUCUCAGUUUGAAAAGACAUGCAGUUAAACUUGACCUUUUGAUAAUCGCUCUUACAGGUCAUUGUCUGUUCUAACAGCAAAUUGUAAACAUGUGCUUCAUAGAUAUUGUGGCUCUCAGUCAUCACUUUGUCCUAUGGUAUUUAUUGAAUGUUCACAUACUAAUGGUGCACAGGUGUUUUUUUCUAUAAAUCUUCUGACUGUCCUGUAAUUCACUCUUAAGCUUUAACUUGAAGAUAUCGUAAUUGCCGGCAUUUGAUGUUUAGCAAUAAAAGAAUAAAUGUGUACCAGCAUUUUAUGUUUA